GGCAACCGAGAGAAGGGCAGGAUCUGCCGCCCGAGCCCUGCGACGACAGCACCAGGAAAAAAAGAAAUGUCUUCAGAAGAUGAAUUCAGCGAUGCAGACAGCAAACCCCGGCUGAGCGACGCUGAGGACGUACAAGCUGUCUCGAGACAGACCCAGAAGAAGCGCAAGAUCAUGUCCGAUGACGAGCAAGAUGACGAGGAAUCUGGCGAGGAAAUCGAGCGGCCGUCCAAGUCGAAAUCAGGAAUCUAUAGCGACGAUGAGGAUGAAGAGGACGAAGAGGACGAACCCACUGAAGCGGAUCGAAACUUUGUAGUCGACGACGACGACGAGGACAUCGAGGAGCCCCGCAGCGAGGGCGAGGAAAGCGACAGCGUCCGCCAAAAGCCCAAAAAGAAAAAGAAAAGAAGACGUCACAGGGUUGAAGAAGAGGAACUCAGCGAGGACGACAUCGAUCUGGUGUCGGGCAAUCUGGGUCUGAGUCAAAAGUCCAGCAGCUUCACCAGAAUCAAAAAGGUCGACGACAACGACCGACGCGGCCGUCGCAAGGCGCCUGUGGAUGUCAAUAACAUCUUUGACGACGAUAACGAGGACUCGGAUGUCGAGCGGCAGCAACACUAUAGCGAGGACGACGAUAGCGAGAGCUUUAUCGAUGACGAAGGUAUAGACGACACCGAUGUUCAAGAGCGUCAGGCCCGGCGAAUCGAACGACAGACCAAGAUAAAGAACCUGAAGAACCUGGGAACCGAGUACGGCAUUUCAGACUCCAUGUGGAGCGAAGUGCAGGCUGUCUUUGGUGAUGGCACGGACUAUGCGGAAUUCCUCGAGAUCGAUUCGGAGAUGAAUGACCUCGAUCUCGAUGAUGGAUACGAUGAAGACUCCUAUCUCCCCUCUGAGCGCAAGUCCAAGCUCAAGCUCUCGGAUGUCUAUGAGCCCAGUGAGAUCGCAGCCAAUCUGCUGACCGAGACCGACGAAAUCAUCAAGAUCCGUGAUGUCCCCGAGAGGCUUCAGCUGCGUGGCGAGCUCCCGACCCUCAAGGAGCCUGAGCUGGAGAACGAAGCCCUAUCAAUCGCUCGCAUCAUGGUCAACGAUCUGCGCAAGCGCGACAGGAGUAACCCGGAGCUCAGCAAGCCUAUUAGCCUCACCCAUCCGCUCACCAUCACCAUCGCCCGUGUUCUCAAGCUCGUCCGCGUCGAUUUCCUGGAGGUGCCGUUUCUUAACAGCCAUCGCAAAGACUACUUUAGCAAAUUCCUCGAGCGCAGUCACUUGUGGAAAAUCUAUGAUCUCGACGUAUCCUACUGCACGCUCGAGAACCGCAAGAAGAACGUCCUGACCUUGAUGGCGAACUUGAAUCUGGAAAGCUCCAAUCCAGAACGCUACGAUUAUCUCAAGCAAACGCUUGAAGGUGCCACGGGUCUCGAUGAAGUCAUGGACAUACAGGCGCAUCUGCAGCUCCAGAUGUCCGACGAGUUGGCCAAGUUGGAGGCAUCCAAGAAUGUUUUUAGGCGAGUUGUUCGGCGGACGCCGUACGAAGAGGCCAAGCGCGGCGGACUCGCCGACUUUGCCAAGAUGUUCGACAUCAAUAUUCCAAAGUUUGCCCGAUGCAUCGUCCAACACUCUCAGGAGUACUUCCCCGAGGACCACCCACGCCCCCCACUGGAUGUGGCGCGAGACUUCCUGUCGUCUUCGUUCCGCACAGCGCAGCAGGUCCUUGACGCUACCAAAACAAUGCUGGCGAGCGAAAUAGCGAGCGACCCCGUCUUUCGCGCAUUUAUCCGCCGGGUCUACUGGACGGAUGGUACCUUGAGCAUCUGGCCAACGGAGAAGGGCAAGAGUGACAUUCAAGUUACCCAUCCUUACUAUAGCUUCAAAUACAUCAAAGAGAAGCCCAUCCAGGUCAUUGAGCCUGGAGUAUUCUUGCAGAUCUCAAAGGCAGAGGAGCAAGGUCUGAUCAAUAUCCACAUCCGCAUCGAUGCGGAGCAACGGCUCAUCGACGACGUUUUGAAGCACCUCUCGAACGACAAGUUCAGCGAGCAGGCAGAGUGGUGGAACAAAGAGCGACAAGACAUUGGCCUGCAGGCUCUCAAAAACAUUUUGUUCCCGUACUGCUCCAAGUGGAUCAAGGAAAAGCUCAUGAGCGAUGCAGCCGACUGGACAGCGCAUCAGUGCGAGCUGGCCCUCGAUCGAAAAAUCAACGUUGCCCCACCCAGAGUUGACCGGGACCACAACGACAGAGACCUCUGGCCCCCACCCAGAGUCGUUGCAAUCAGCUGGGGAGAGGGAACAUCGACCGAACCGACCUUUGGCGUCUGCUUGGAUGAAAACGGCAUUCUGUCGAGCCAGCUGAUGCUGAGCUUUUUGCAAGAGAUUGACAAGCCGCGCGGCAUCAGCGACAGCCAGGAGCUGGCGAAAUUCAUAGAAAACAGCCAGCCCGAUGUCGUAGUUAUCGGAGGGUUUGCCACCAACACCAAAACCAAGCUAAUCAAGAUUGUCGAAGCAGCAGUGGAGAACAGCACCCAUCAACGCAGCUCCUAUCGGGACGACAGACGCAGUAUGUCUGCGGGCGACAGAAAGUCGCCAAGCGUCUUUAUUGUCGAAGACGAUGUGGCUCGUCUGUUCAUGAACUCGAAGCGCGGGGAGCGCGAGUUCCCGCCCUCGACGUUCCCUCCCCUUGUUCGGUACCUCGUAUCGCUCGGCCGCAAGGUGCAGAACCCGACAAUGGAAUACGCUGGGCUGUUCAACAGCGACGACGACUACAAGCUUCUGCGAUUGCACCCGUGGCAGGAUAUGAUCCCCGAGGACAAGUUCAAGUUGUCUCUGGAGCGAACCUUCAUUAAUGUCGUCAAUUCCUGCGGUGUUGACAUCAACAUGGCUGUCAGAUAUCCGCAUCAGGCGCAUACCCUGCAGUUUGUCAGCGGUCUAGGCCCCAGAAAGGCACAGAUGAUGAUCUCCAAGAUUGCCUCCAAACCGUCUGGCAAGCUCACCGUCAGAUCGGCGCUCAUCAGCGACAAAAUAUGCGGCAGCAGGGUGUUUAUGAAUUGCUCCAGCUUCCUCCGCAUCCCCCUCGAAGACGACCACUACCAACAUAGCUCCAACUCUGAUAAAUAUGAUGUGCUUGACAGCACGCGCAUCCAUCCCGAGGACUAUGUGCUGGCUCGCCAAAUGGCCGCCGACGCAAUGGAGGACGACAGAAUCUUGGAAGUAGCCAACUCGUCCGAACACGUGUCAAGGCUGAUGGCCGACGGGCCCGACAAGCUUAAUUUGCUGAUGCUUGACGACUACGCCAACGAACUUGAGCGUAGCCGCGGUGAACCCAAGUAUCUCACCCUCAAUGCAAUCAAGGCCGAGCUCGAAUCACCCUACUCCGAGCCCCGGCGCGACUUUGAGCCGGCAACGACCGAAGAGGUCUUCACCAUGCUCACAAACGAGACCAACGAGACUCUGUAUCCCAACAUGACCCUCAACAUCGAGAUCGAAAACGUGGGAGAUCUGCCCAGCGGCGAUCCUAUCGCCAGGAUGCGGUUCCGCAACGGCCUCAGUGCCCACAUGCUUCUAAAGCAGCUGGUGGACCGGCGUCACGUCAGUGCGAACGAGUUGAUUGGCCAGGUGGUACCCUGUCGCAUCACCCGCAUCGACAAGGAAAAGCUCACGGUCGAGCUUGAUGCGCUGCAUGAGAGCCGCGAAGUCUACGACCGAUGGGAGGCCGAGAAGAAGCACGAUCGCUACUGGGAUAAAGACAGAGAGUACGACGACGCAAGCUCGAAAGCGCUCUCAAUCAAGGCGAAAAAGAAGGUCCGCGUUGUUGCCCAUCCCUUCUUCAAGAACGUGGACUACCGUGCUGCAGAAGAUAUCCUUCGCGAUGCGCCCAACGGCGAUGUGGUCAUCCGGCCCUCGACCAAAGGAAACUCGCAUCUGUCGAUGAGCUGGAAGAUUGCCAAUGGCAUAAUCCAUCAUCUUGACAUUGUCGAGUCGCAGAAGGAGAGCGAGUAUGCUCUCGGCAAGGUCCUCACGGUUAACGGCCAGCCGUUCUCGGAGCUGGACGAAAUCAUUGCCAACUACAUUGCGCCGAUGCAGCAGCUCAUCGACGAAGUUGUGUCCAGCCCCAAGUUCAAGCCAUACGGCGAUAAGGAGAUGCAGGAGUAUAUCUCUCGUCAGUGCCGCAGCAGCAAAACCUCUGUCUACGGCUUCGUCUUCCACCCUGAAAAGCCCGGCUACUUCAUGCUGAUGUUCCGCCACUCGCCCGAGAACUCGCUGCACAGCGAAAACAUUGAGGUCAAGACCUCUGGCUUCGCCUUCCGUGGCAAGACGUUCAAGUCCCUGAACGAUCUCAUUGUCGGCUUCAAAACGGGCGAGAUCGAGAAGUCGAGCCGGGCAUCUCGCCAAAGCGGCUCCAGCCGUGGUGCACCGUCUGCUCGUCAUGCUCCUUCGACCCAUCCGAGCAGAGCACACCCCGCUUCGACACUUCCCCCGGCACCGCACCACCGAGGAAACCCUGGUCCGUCGAGCGGCCACGGCUAUCCCGGCCGCCAGCCCGUUGCGGCGGGCCCUGCCAUGGGUAUGGGCAACCCCGGCCAGCGUCCUGGAGCGCCGCCGGCCCACCGAUAUCCUCCUCCUGGACCCAGCGGAAGCAAAGGCCUGCCGAUCCACCAUUCUGGGGUGCAACCAGCGGUGCCGCCGGGCCACUCUCGACCAAUGUACCCGUCGCACUGAGGCCCACACCAUGUUCAGGAGAAACGGGACGCACCGACUUCCAGUGUUGCAUAGUUUGUGAUGGUCUGGUCAGCGAGCCAUCUGCAAUACAGUAGAUCGCCUUGA